UCACACUGCUGACUUGCUCUGUAUUAACUUCUCCUCCUCGGUAAUGUGAGUGUCACCGUCUCUCCCUCUGUUAAAAACUCCUCUGGUGUUUUAUCUCCUGUUGGCUAAACGGUGACAUCUUUCAGGUCAGUUAAGGGAAAACCAUCCAGUUAUUUCCAACUCGUCGACGAUUGUGUGUGUGUGUGUGUGUUUGUAUGUGUGGAGAAAUCUAGGAAGUAACGUUGACGUUAGCCCAACUUUUCGACCAGGACGACGGGGAGAAGUUAAUCCUCGAUUUCUCAAAGAACGUGUGAUUUGUUUGAGCAAUAACGUCGCAGAACUGCUGGGAAAUUACUUUUUCAUCAUUUAAAACUGUGAACAAGCCGGUUCUUGGCUCACCUUUUUUGGGAAGCUCAGGUGAAGAAACUUUCCCCCUCAAGUUGUGUGAUUGGAGUUCGUUAACACUAAGCAGGAGCUGCAGAGAUCUCCCUUCUCUUCGCUGUCAGGAUUAUUUCGGCUUUUAAAGAUGAAAUUACUGUUUUUCUCGAGAGUGGAUGCUAGCAGACAGCUGGGGGAGUGAGUUAUGCUGAAGCCUGCCUCAAUAUUUGUAUAAUGAGCACUACAGAUGGAGCCUGGGCCCCUGAACAGGAUGGAGAGGCCCGUGUUGUGCAGAUCUACCCCAGGCUGUCCCAGGACACAGCUGCCUACUGUCCCCUGCAGGUCAGCGGUGGGGACACACCAAAGACGGUCAUCCACAAUGCCGUAGUCACUCUGGGCCUGGAUGCCAGCCAGACAUACAGCCUGCUGGAGGUCAGGAAGAGCGGUGGAGAGGAGAGGUUGCUGGAGGCCGGGGACUCCCCUUUGGACCGAGUCCUGCUGUGGCCACCAGAGAACCAGAGGUGGCACCCUCAGAGCAGUGGGUACUACUUUAUCUUGCAGCAAGCCAACAAAGGAGGCAACCAAGUAGAAAGCAUCAGAGAGGACUAUGACGACCUCUGUAACCUCCAAACUGUGACUGAGGAGAGUAUUCUGGACACUUUACGCCAGCGCUUCUACAGACUCAAAAUCUACACCUACGCCAGCAACAUCCUCAUCGCCAUCAACCCCAAUAAGGUCCUACCUGUUUACUACAAUCCCAAGUAUGUCAAGAUGUACGAGAACCAGCCACUGAGCAAACUAAGCCCUCAUAUAUUUGCCAUAGCAGACGUAGCCUUCCGUGCUAUGCUGAACAGGCAGGUUAACCAGUGUAUUGUGAUAUCUGGUGAGAGUGGCUCAGGGAAGACUGAAAGCAGCCGUUAUCUCAUCCACUGCCUGACUGCCCUCAGCCAGAAGACAUACUCUACUGGGCUGGAACGGACUAUCCUCGGGGCUGGCCCAGUGCUAGAGGCCUUUGGUAACGCUAAGACUGCAGAGAAUAACAACUCAAGCCGCUUUGGGAAGUUCAUCCAGCUCAACUUUCUGGAGAGCGGUGUCAUCAGAGGGGCAGUUAUUGAGAAGUACCUACUAGAAAAGUGCCGCCUGGUGUCCAGAGAUAAGAGUGAGAGGAACUACCACGUGUUCUACUAUCUGCUGGUAGGAGCGUCCAAAGACGAGCAGGAGGAGUUUCAUCUAUUAAAGCCGCAAGAUUAUUUCUACCUCAAACUGGAAGACUUCCAUUUAGAUGAUGAGGAGGAACUUCAGCAGGAGUACAAGAGGCUCCAUCAAGCUAUGGAGAUGGUCGGCUUCCUGCCUUCCACCAAGAAACACAUAUUUUCCAUCCUCUCUGCCAUCCUGCUCCUGGGCAAUGUGACGUGGACACUGUCAAGGGAAACUGAAGCCCUGGAGGUCGGACCUGCUGAAGUUUUGUCCACACUGUCUCACCUGCUCAAAGUGAAAAAAGAGCUACUGGUGAAGACUUUGACCAAGAGGACAGUAGUGACCUCCCACGGCAGCGUGGUUUCACAGUACACACUACAAGAGGCCUCCACAGUGCGGGACUCCAUGGCCAAGUCUUUAUACAGCGCUUUGUUUGACUGGAUCAUCCUUCACAUCAACCAUGCAGUGUUCAAUAGACGGGACAUGGAGGAGUCUGUCUCUUGUUUGUCCAUCGGUGUCCUGGAUAUGUUUGGAUUCGAGAACCUCCAGAAAAACAGCUUUGAGCAGCUGUGCAUCAACUACACCAAUGAGAAACUGCAGUUUUACAUCAACCAGCACAUCUUCAAGCUUGAGCAAGAAGAUUAUGUGUCAGAGGGCAUCGCUUGGCAAAACAUCGACUACACUGAUAAUAGUGGCUGCAUUCAGCUGAUCAGCAUGAAGUCAUUCGGACUCUUUGAUCUGCUGGAUAAGGAGAGCAGCCUCCCUCAGGCCACAGAUGAAACCCUGUUGGGCAAGCUGAAGCAGCAGCAUCAGGACAACCCAUUCUUCGUACCCUCUUCAAAUACAGAGCAGACUUUUGUCAUUCAACACUUUCCUGGGAGGGUUAAAUAUCACAUCAAGGGUUUCCGGCAGAAAAACACAGAGCACAUGCGCCCUGAAGUCGUAUCACUUCUACGGAGCAGUGAGCGGGCGUUCCUGCAUCACUUGGUUGCAUCCAGUCCAGAAGCACUGUUCAGAUGGGGAGUCCUUCGAGCCACCAUUCGCAUCCUCACAGUAUUCAAGAAAUUAGGACGAAAGCGGGCAGAAUUUAGCGUAGCUUCCAAAAAAAACUCCCUCAGGUCCCUCAAAGACAGGAAACAGCACAGCAGUCCUAUGGAGAGACUGUCCAGCAACAGCCUGACUCUGGAUUUCUCCUUUGAUCGCUCUGAUGAAAUGCCUCUUGAUGUAUUUGAAGACAUCUUUGCCAAUUAUGAAAAGAGAAAGAAAAAUAGAUGCGGUCGACAGAAGCAGCUCAUUCCAAAGAAGCUCAUGGAUUUGCACUCACUCCAACAUAUUGUUGGUCUCACCGCACAUGACCGAACCAGCAAAUUCAUCUUCCACCCUCAUCGGAAGACAAGGCCCCCUACAGUUAGCGUUCAGUUUCAGGCCUCACUCAGAAAGCUGAUGGAGACAGUUGAAAAAGCCGAGCCAUUCUUUAUUUUCUGUAUUCGCUCCAACGCUGAAAAGAAGGAGCUGCACUUUGAUGAUGAACUUGUGCUACGGCAAAUUAAGUACACAGGCAUACUGAAGAUGGUUCACAUCCAGAAGUCUGGCUACAGUGCCAAAUACACAUUUAAGGAAUUUGUCGAGAAGUUCAGAAUGUUGCUUCCAAAAGGAGCUACAGCAACAUCAGAGGACAUAACUGAACUGUUUGAGAGGAUGGAGAUGGAUAAGUCCACCUAUCAAAUAGGAAAAACCCAGGUGUUCCUCAACGAGAAGGAGAGGCAACUGCUCCAUGACACUCUUAACAAAGUAGUGAUGCGUCACAUCAUCAUCCUGCAGCGCUGGUUCCGUGUCUGUCUGAUAAGGUUGCACUUCCUGCAAAAGAAAGAUGCCACUAUGAUUAUACAGAGGAGCUGGCGUGGGUUUUAUGAGAACCAAAACCGAGCUGCUACAGUGAUCCAGACAGCAUGGAGGAGUUCCCUGAAGAAGUCAAAGCAACAACAUGAGGAUGCCGAGAAGACGUCCAAAGCUCAGCCUGGACGGGACAGCUUCACAAAAAAAGAGUUAAAGAGGCAGCACAAAGUGGAGCUCAGCCCCAGCAGGACCCAGCAGCCUGACCCAGUCAAUGGCCAGUCGGCACAGAGGGCCAGGAGCAGGGAGAAGCGAGACGGCAGAGGAUCCCCUCCGACUCUCAACAGACCCCUCUCCCUCCCACUGGACCCUAAAGUUGGCAGUAACUAUCGCUCCCCCAGCCCCUUUAAGGGCAGCCCGCUUCAGCGCUACAAAGAUAUGGGAGGCAUCAAGGAGAAGGCCGAGAGGUGGAAGGAAAGACAGAGCGAUGAUUCAAGUCCAGAAUUACGGCGACGACACAAUAGGAAAGACGAGUUUCAGCUCAAAGGGAAGUCCAUGUCGGUUGAUGAACUGUCCAAGAUCAGCUCAUCAGGCUCUGAUACCUCACCCACAACCAAUGAGGCCAGGGUGCGUCUCCGCAAGCUGCCCAAACACAAGCGGCGCUUAGCCCACGCCCGCAGCGGUUUGAUGAAUAACUUUGGGGGCUCCAAGGAGAGCGAGUACUGGAGCUUUCCGCUGCCUCCCAUCAGCCCCCAUGUGCCCAGCCUGAAGAGCUCGGCCAGUUGUGUGGAUGUCCAGGCCCUCACAUCUCAGGUCAAGAUACCAGCAGAACUUGAUGGGUCAAAAUUCAGCUUUCCAACCAGGAGCACCAAUGAGGACUCAGGACAACGGGGACCUAACCAAUCACAACUCACAACUCCUGAGAGGAUUUGGUUUCUCAGUAAAUUCCUGAGAAAGCGGGCGCCUAAAUGUUCCACGACCAAUGACUCUCCGUCAGAUAAAGCCGUCACCUUGCCCAGAUACACUCCACAUCCCUACCACAUGCUAAACCAGAACAGUGAGAGGGUCAGUCGAAACCCGACCAUUCGAAUCAGCCGGGCCACACGGGUGAUGCAAUGGAAUGUGUCCCUGGACCGUGAGAUCACCGACCCCAAAGAGCUGCGAAACCUGGAUGAAUUCCUCGGCAAUCAGGUGAAUGAGCUGCGAACCAGAAUAAAAGAGCUGUCACCAACAGAGAGCAUCUUCCUUACAGCCACAAUGCAGUUCAGAGAGACCAUCAAAGGCAUGUACUCGAUCCAGAAGCCCCAAAUUGGCUACAAAGAUCUGAUGAAGGGCUACCACAACAAAGUGACCACACUAGCAGGGUCCAAGCAGAAGGCAGAAGUCUCACUGGUGGUCAACUUGUUUCAGUCUGUGCUGGACGGCUUCAUUAGGGGCGAGAUAAAACGAGCAGAGUCAGAACCAGCCAAGGCCACCAAGAUUACAAAGAAGAGGUGGAAAAAGGACAAAUGUCCUAAUAGUCCUCUGGGUCACCUGUUCAGCACAUACCAGGUAAACAUUAUGCAGUCAUGUGACAUAUGUGGCUCCUACAUCUGGGGAAUGGAGAAAGCCUACAUGUGCAGUGCUUGCAAGUUAAUAUGUCACAAGAAAUGCCUGACCAAAAUCAUCACAGAUUGCUCUACACGGUGUAGGAAGCAGGAUGACAGUGUAUCAGGCUCCCUUAACUUUGGGGUGCAGGUGUGUGUCCUCACCAGUAAAGCCAACCCUGUGCCCAAAGUGGUGGAGUUGUUGCUGAUGCAUGUGGAGCUGCACGGUCUCUACACGGAGGGUAUUUACCGCAAGUCGGGCUCAGCCUGUCAAGCGAGGGAGCUCCACCAGAUUCUGGCAACUGAUCCUGAGGCAACAUGUUUAGAGAACUACCCCAUCCACACCAUCACAGGUCUGGUUAAACGUUGGCUCAGAGAGCUGCCGGACCCCCUCAUGACCUUUUCCCUCUACAGCGACUUUCUGCAUGCUGUGGAGCUGCCAGAGAAAGCUGAGAGACUAAAGGCUGUAUACCAAAAGAUUGAUGAACUUCCUCCUGCUAAUUACAACACGUUAGAGCGGCUCAUCUUUCACCUUGUCAGGGUUGCAAAGGAGGAAGAGCAAAAUAAGAUGUCACCAAGCUCUCUUGCUAUUGUGUUUGCCCCUUGCAUCCUGCGUUCACCUGAUGUCAAUGACCCCUUCCUUGGUAUGAAGGAUGUGUCCAAGACUACACUGUGUGUUGAAAUCCUGAUCUCUGAGCAGUUCAGACGCUACACAGAGAAGAUGCAGAAUAUCCAGGAGCUGGAAUACGCAGAAGCCCUGGCUGUAAAUCAGCUCAAGCUAAGGAGACAAAACACGGUUGUUGAAAAGCCUUCAGAGCUGGAAGAUCCAAAGCAAAUACCUUUGGAUGAAACAGAGAGGAACCUCAUCGAUAGGAUCAAGUCCAUCAAGCAAGAAAAGGUGAACUUGGCCUACAGGUUACCUGAACUGGAGCAGGAGAACUCUGACAAUGAAAACCUGGACUCGUUGUCAUCAGUGAGCACAGAGAGCCUAGACCAUCUGGUGAACGUGGACUCAGAAGGAAAAGUGACCAUGCGAUUGAAAACCCAGAAACCCGACUGCCUUGCUAAACCUCCUGACCUGGCGCAGAGAGUCAGAAGCAGAAGUCUGAUGGCUCAAACAGAUGAUGAACCGACAGAGUUCGCACCAGGACAAAAGAUAGAUGUUACCCAAUCCACGUGCUUCCUUCCCAGCCAAGACAACUCCUCCCCAACCAACAAACCCCAGGUCACCAGCAAGACUUUAAAUGGGACCUAUGACGACCUGGACAUCCCUUAUAUCGAUGACUAUGAAGAUCUAACCUGAGCAUAACUCCACAAGCUGUAAUUAUUGGAAUAUUCUCAAAUAUGUGUUAAUAGAAGACUUGUUAGUUCAAAAAGGAACACUGUGCCUAGUUUUAUAGACAUUUCCAUUUGUCAAUGCUGCUAUGGAAAAUACGUGCUUUGAGAAUUUAUAUGUAUGUAAUGGGAGUUCGAACGGACUGUCCCUUCAGGGUUUUUAUAACAAAUCUGGAGAAGACCUAACAGCAAGGACUACUCAGCCUCUUUAUACCAAUACACAGUAUGUGAUUUUAAACAUAUUUCAGAAUUGUACAGCACACAUUUUAGAAAAGGUAGGUAUUUUGGACCAGCUCUGUGAAGCUGUGUGACCAGCUGUGUUUCAUCUGUAGAGAAAAACAGGACAACAUUAUGAGGAGCAAUUGAGGAUACAAGUGCCUCCUUUACUAAUGGACGUUAUUCUGAGCUCGACCACUGUGGUACUAAUGGGACUUUAUGGUGUUUGUGGGGAAAGAAAUGUCUUGGACAUGUACCAAAAAAGUUGAUAGGAGAAUCAGAGUGAUUCUCUAUUGUACAGAGUGACAUUGCAUUGUUGUGCAUCUGAAACGGUUCAGUUGUGUUUUUGUCCUUUUCAUUUUCCUCUGGUAUAUACUCCUGUGACUGACCACUGAUUCAAUAUAGCUGUUAAAGAAAUGGUCAUAUUGCUGCCUUUUAGACUGACUGAAAAUACUUCCCUCUUCACUUUUGUUGGUAUUGCAAGGCUGUGCAGUUUCACCAAGGUUACAUUUUGUCUAUACAUGCAGGUAUGUUUUUAAAUAUGCAUGCCUGUACAUUUUAUAAGGGGUAGCAAUGCAUGUUUGGGUGAACAUCCUCCGAGUUUGACUUUUGUCACCAACUGAAUUAAACGGACCAUUUUCAAAUGUC